AUUAAUAAAUUAAUUCAUCAUUAAUUAAAAAAAUAGAAAAUUGAUUCAUACAUUACAUUCAUUAAUUAAUUCAUCACAUAACAUGCAUUACAUUCAUUAUACUGAAAUUAUUUUUUUGUUAUUUAUUUUUUGUGUUGUGUAGUAAGUACUAAGUAGAAAAUGACAUCGGGAAGUAAUAGAAAAGAUCCGGCGUGGCAAUAUGCCCAUUUGGUGGAGGAGAAUAAUUUAAACAAGUUUGAAUGCAAUUUUUGUGGUAAAGUAUCAAAUGGAGGUGUUUAUCGGGUGAAACAACACCUUGCGGGAGGUUAUAGGAAUGUCACUGCUUGCCCGAAGUGUCCUUCUCAUGUAAGAGAAGAGAUUAGAGAGUUCAUGUCCAAAAAAAAGACUCAAAAAGAAGAAAUAAACAUGUUGCCUGAUUUCAAUGACAUGGACAUGGAAGAUGAAGAUGAAGAUGAUGAUGUCAUUGAGAUCAAUGUCAAUCAACACCGCAAGUUGACAAGUAGUAGCCAAGGUUCAUCCAAAUCCAAAUCCAAAUCAAAAACGCCAAAGAGAAAAGGGCCUAUGGAUGUUUACUUCACACCCAAUCCUGAAUCAGUGGUGAAAAAUCGAAAAGACCAAGCAAAAGGGAAACAAACCAAAAUUGAUGCAAAUGACCCUUAUAAAAAAGAAAUGAGAGCUCGGGCACUACAAAGAUUUGCAAGGUGGAUGUAUGAUGCCGGCAUCCCUUUUAAUGCAGUAAAUUAUGAGAGUUUUGGACCAAUGAUUGAAGCCAUUGGCCAAUAUGGUCCUGGUAUGAAGCCACCGACAUACCAUGAAGUGCGGGUUACCCAACUCAAAAAAGAAGUGAAACAUACUGAAGAUUUGAUGAAGUAUCAUAAAGAGGAUUGUGCAAAAUACGGGCGUUCCAUAAUGGCAGAUGGUUGGACUGAUAAGAGAGGAAGGACAUUGAUUAACUUUUUAGUUAAUUGUCCAAGAGGAACCAUGUUUGUUGAGUCGGUUGAUGCUUCUAGCUAUUCAAAGGAUGGGCAAAAGCUAUUUGAAUUACUAGACAAGUUUGUGGAGAAAGUUGGAAAAGAGAAUGUGGUGCAAGUUAUCACUGAUAGUGCUGCAGCUAAUGUGUUGGCGGGGAGGUUUUUGGAAGCUAAGUAUGAACACUUGUAUUGGACACCAUGUGCUGCUCAUUGUUUGGACUUGAUGUUUGAAGACAUUUUCAAGAUACCUAGAUUGAAAAAGACAUUUGAAAGGGGUAUUGCAGCACAUGGCUACAUUUACAAUCGGCCUACGUUGCUAAACAUGAUGAGGCGCUUUACAAAUUUAAAGAAUUUGAUCAAGCCUGCAAAAACUAGAUUUGCAACCGCCUUUUUGACUUUGUCUAGGAUGCAUCAACAAAAAAACAAUUUGAGAAAGAUGGUCACCUCCGAAGACUGGACCUCAAGCAAAUGGGCAAAGGAGCCACAAGUGCUUAGAUUGGUUGAUACCGAGAAGAAACCUCCCAUGGGAUACAUUUAUGAGGCAAUGGAUAGGGCUAAAGAAUGCAUUGCAAGUUCAUUUGAUCAUAAAGAAGAGAAGUAUAAUGAAAUUUUCGAAAUCAUUGACAAAAGAUAGUAGGGGUGGGCGCGGG